AUGAACUUAUUUCCUUCUCUAUCUCCCGCCCCAGAGCCUUCUUCUGAAGAUACACUCGCGAGACAAUCGGAUGUGACAGUAUCUACAAAUGCUACCCUGUAUGCGGAGUAUAAAGGCUUUUUUGUAUACGUGCUAACUUCAAUUACUCUAACAAUUUGGGCCAGUUGGUCAUUAAUCCCAGAUUCAACAUUGAACUAUUUGUCUAUAUAUUAUUACCCUGACAAGUAUUGGUCGCUUGCUAUACCAGCAUAUUUCCUAAUGGGAAUGCUUUUUACUUACAUCGCCCAUGUUCUUUAUAACACUGAAAUAGAGACUAUACCUUUGGAUGAUAUUCGAAACUUCGUAGAUGAGAACGCAGUCUCUGCAGGUUGUGAAUCAAUUCCUUUCCCAAAUUCUUCAGAAUUAAUUUCCCCUCCAAUGACUUCCUCCAAAUCUGCUGAACCCUGGGUUUGGAGGUACGGCAGUGGAGUGCGAGACUUGCCAAUCAGCAUAACAAACGAAGUACUCUACGGUAAUGAGUGA